UAUAAUAUGGUUAACGACGCGGACCUCCUGCGGGACAUUAUGGUCAAAGACUUUCACAUAUUUCCCAACAGAUAUGCCAUGAAUUUAGGCCAAUCGCCGCUCCGGAAGAUGUUGUUCUUCAUGCGAGGGGACGACCGCUGGAAACGGAUCAGAGCUAUAGUGAGUCCGGCGUUUACGUCGGGAAAGUUGCGCCAAAUGAUGGCCAGCAUUGCCGGAAUUGCCGACACGUUUGUCCAGAAUUUAGAUAAGUUUGCAGAAAAUGGCCAAAUCGUGGACAUAAGGGAACACUUCGGUGCUUUUGCGAUGGAUGUGAUCAGUGCCUGCGCUUAUGGUAUAAAUGUUGAGUUCAUUAAUAAUCCCAAUCAUCCCAUUGUAGUCAAAGCCCGGCGUAUGUUAUCCGUCGACUCGAGUCUCAGUAAUAUACUGUCAAUACUUGUGCCGCCGAUCGCACGCUUCUUACGUCUGGAUCCGAUGAACAGACAGGCCAUCGAUUAUUUUGAUAAUCUCACCAAUCAAAUAGUGACCGAACAUAAGAAAGUAACAGAUUUUAUACAAUUAAUGAUUGACAAAAAAGAGGACAGUACUGUAAACAGUGUUGCAAAUGAUUGCGAUCAUAUACUGACCGCCGAAGAGCUCACGGCUCAGGGAAUACUGUUUUUCAUCGCCGGUUACGACACGACCAGCGCUUCGCUCUCUCAUGUC